UCACUUUCCGGAGUUGGCCCCACGGCACGGCAGAACGGCUCCGCAAAAUCGUGGGUUUUUCUCCGGUCUCCGGUAAACUGAAGCCACAAGUGAAGAAGCCACGUCGGUGCGUGGUAGUUACGAUUACUCCCGGGCCGGCAUCGUCUUCCAUUCCGUCCCACGCGCUCCCGAGUUCCGACUGGUCUCUGGGGCGGCCGGGCGGAGCUCAGAUCCCCGGCGGGCGGACUCCAGAUCGGGAAAGGCCCAGCUCCAAGGAAGAAAGAAUGGUGAAGGAUGUCCAUGAGCCAUCGAACGGCGUGUCUCUGAACAGUUCGCCUUCGCAAAGUAUUGUUAAUUCAGAAAAGGUUAAUCCUGGACAAAUUCCAGAGUUGACAUGGGAACACAAGCUAAGCCAUGUUAGAUAUGAUUUGCCGUCAUUUGGACUUACAUGGAGGGAGAUACGGCAGAUGGCUGGUCUUGGUUUGCGUCUUGGUCGACACAUCCUUGAGGAAACUUCAAAAGGACGAACUGCUAUUAUUGAUCCCAUGAAGAAGCGCACUGCAAGAUCUGGUCAGGGUGUUCCACUUGGAGGCAUUGGUGCAGGAAGUAUUGGAAGAAGCUGCAAAGGCGAGUUUCAACGCUGGCAAUUGUUCCCCGGAGCCUGUGAAGAUAAGCCAGUAAUGGCAAAUCAAUUUUCUGCCUUCAUUUCCCGCAAAGACGGUGCAAAAUAUUCGACAGUGUUGCAUCCUGGGAAACCGGAUUUGCCAAAAGGAACUAACGUUUCAGGAAUUGGAUCCUGGGAUUGGAAUCUGAAUGGGCAGAAAUCUACUUAUCAUGCACUUUACCCUAGGGCCUGGACUGUUUAUGAUGGAGAACCUGACCCGGAUCUCAAGAUAAUGUGCCGUCAGAUUUCUCCAAUUAUUCCACACAAUUAUCAACAGAGCAGUUAUCCUGUUGCAGUAUUCACUUUCGCAGUAACUAAUUCAGGAACCACAGCUGCUGAUGUGACUUUGCUUUUUACAUGGGCUAACUCUGUUGGUGGAAAAUCUGAACUCACAGGAUACCAUUCUAAUUCUAGUAUGACAGAAAAGGAUGGCGUGCAUGGUGUACUGUUACACCACAGAACAGCUGAUGGACUGCCACCAGUAACUUUCGCCAUAGCUGCACAAGAGAAAGAGGGUGUUCAUAUCUCUGAAUGCCCUUACUUUAUGAUGUCCGGUAGCUCUGAUGAAUUCACAGCAAAAGAUAUGUGGAACUCAGUGAAAGAGCAUGGAUCUUUUGAUCUGCUUGAUCCUGUCAAUUCAUCAACGUCCUCCAAACCAGGAACAUCAAUAGGAGCAGCUAUUGCAGCUUCAGUUAAGCUUGCUCCUCAGGCAACCCAGAAUGUUUCAUUUUCACUUGCAUGGGCUUCCCCUGAAGUAAAGUUCUGCAGUGGAAAAACCUACCAUAGGCGUUAUACAAAAUUCUAUGGCACAGAUGUUGAUGCAGCUGCAAGCCUUGCCCGUGAUGCCAUUCUUAAUCAUAGUUCCUGGGAGAUGCAAAUUGAGGAUUGGCAGCAUCCUAUUUUGCAAGACAAGAGGUUUCCUGAAUGGUAUCCAGUCACACUAUUCAAUGAACUUUAUUAUCUUAAUGCCGGAGGAACUAUAUGGACAGAUGGAUUACCACCAAUUCAAAGUUUAACAGCAAUUGGAGGGAAAAAGUUCUCCCUUGACAUGUCAAAUGGAGAAACAGAUGAUGACAAUGAGAUGAACCCACAGACUAAUACUGCCACUGACAUUCUUCAUCAAAUGGCAUCAGUACUUGAGAGAAUUCAUGCAUCUCUUGCAUCAAAUUCUGCUAUAGGAACAACUUUGCUUCAGGGUGAAGAGAACAUUGGCCAAUUUCUCUACCUUGAGGGAAUUGAAUACUAUAUGUGGAACACAUAUGAUGUUCAUUUCUAUUCAUCUUUUUCACUUAUCAUGCUAUUUCCAAAACUUCAACUCAGCGUUCAGAGAGACUUCGCUGCAGCUGUCAUGAUGCACGACCCUGAAAAGCUCAAGCUCUUACAUGAUGGAAAAUUGGCGGCAAGAAAAGUUCUUGGAGCUGUUCCUCACGAUCUUGGUCUAUAUGACCCUUGGUUCAAAGUGAACGCAUACACACUCCAUAACACAGACCGUUGGAAGGACUUGAACCCAAAGUUUGUAUUGCAAGUUUACAGAGAUGUUGUGGCCACAGGCGAUAAAUCCUUCGCCCGAGCUGUUUGGCCAUCUGUUUAUAUGGCGAUGGCAUAUAUGGAACAAUUUGAUAAAGAUAAAGAUGGAAUGAUUGAAAAUGAGGACUUCCCAGAUCAAACUUAUGAUGUUUGGUCCAUGGCUGGUGUAAGCGCAUACUGUGGUGGUCUUUGGGUGGCUGCUCUUCAGGCUGCGUCGGCCUUGGCACACGAAGUUGGUGACAAAGCUUCUGAAAAGCUUUUCUGGAACAAGUAUGAGAAGGCUAAAUCUGUUUAUGACAAGCUGUGGAAUGGUUCUUACUUCAAUUAUGAUGAUGCUGGCACUAAAGCUAGUACCUCCAUUCACGCUGAUCAGUUGGCUGGACAAUGGUAUGCCAAAGCCUGCGGCCUCUCCUCAAUUGUUGACAAGGACAAAUCACAAAGUGCACUUGAAAAGAUAUAUACUUUCAACGUAAUGAAGUUCAAGGAUGGUAACAGGGGAGCAAUCAAUGGGAUGUGGCCAGAUGGUACAUUGGACAUGUCCACAAUGCAAUCUAGGGAGAUAUGGCCAGGCGUGACAUACGCGCUUGCUGCAUCUAUGAUUCAAGAAGGCAUGGUUGAGGAGGGUUUCAAAACAGCUGAAGGAGUCUAUCAUGCUGCCUGGUCUUCAGAAGGACUUGGAUACGCAUUCCAAACUCCUGAAUCUUGGAACAAUGACGAUGAGUACCGGUCCUUGUGCUACAUGCGCCCACUCGCCAUAUGGGCGAUACAGUGGGCACUCUCAAAUCCAAAGCUCCACAAGGAGCCUCCGACAGACAUAACACAAGAUUCUUUUCCGAAGAACCAGUUCUCAUAUGCACGAAUAGCGAAGCUCCUGCAGUUACCUGAAGAUGAAUCGUCCAAGAGCGUCCCUCGGGUUAUCUAUGAGAUAGUCCGGAACAGGUUUACUUCAUGAUAUAUGGGCCGCGACAUGCCUGAAUGUUGAAUGCACUAUUGGAGCAACAUUGUUCAAUUUGAUUGUUGAUUGCGGAAACAUGUUAUUGGUUAGCACACAUUAGUAUGGAGUUAAUGCUAAUAAAAGAUGAGGUCCAUGUAUGUAGUCCAGUAGAAAAUAGUAUGUCACGUUGUUCUUCGGAGCGAUCUUGUACGGUUGUGCUUCUUGAGUACAACAAAAGGGGGGAAUCAUUUCUUAAGAGCUGAGAAAUAUUUACAAUGGUUUCCUGUCGA